UCCAGAAUGAAGCAAAGAGCAGCAGAAGCGAGUACUGCAGUGGGAGCGGAGGAGCCCAAGCAUCACCGAGAGCUGGAGCCAGCUGUCAUCCCUGCUGGGAGCAACUGGGUGCACCCAGAGGAUCCUGCAGCCCUGUUUCUCACAGAGGACAGCUCUGGCACAGCCACUGAGCCUGCUACCAGCCCCUGGACAGCAGACGGGAAGGGGCUGGUGGUUGUGAGGAUGCAGGGCUGGGCUGGAGGGCAGUGAGGUCAGCCCUGCCAUGGUUCCACGGUGCUGGGAGCCUGUGUGAACCCACUGGUAAGGGGGGAAGGAUGGCUGCUGAAGGAGAGAGAGCCAAGCCCGUUGCCCAGUCCGGGAUGGAGAACUUCCGAAAGGUGAGGACGUCGGAGGAAGAGAUGCCAUUGCCCUUUCCUGACCUGUCCCCUGACGUGGUGGAGAUGAAAGUGAAGGAGGGCAGCAAGAUCAGGAACCUGAUGAACUUCGCCAUGGCCCAGAUGGAGCUGAAGGGCAGCCGGCAGAUCAUCUUCAGUGGCUCCGGCAGGGCGGUCACCAAGACCAUCACCUGUGUGGAGAUCAUGAAACGCAAGCUGGGAGGGCUCCACCAGGUCACCAAGGUACGCUACAAAACUGUGCUGGAGGUCUGGGAGAACCAGGACCUGCUGCCCGACAGCCCAGCGCAGAACCUGACCGUCCACAAAAACGUCCCCUCCAUCUGCAUCCUGCUCUCCCGAGACCCCCUGGAUCCCAACCAGACGGGCUACCAACCCCCGGAGCCCCAGCACGGGCUCGGUGAGGCAGGAGAAGACACAUUGGGAUCCUCCACCAAGGGGCUGAAGCGGCCGCUGCCACCUCCCCGCGAGGAGCUGCUUCCCAAGAAGCUGCAGGUACAGGUGCCUGACAGUCCAAGGGGCUCAGGGACCACUGCUGGCCAGCUGGACCACUGACCACAGUGCUUCCCACCCCGAUCAGACAGGUGGAGAGGCAGAAAGAUACACUCAUUCUGGGGUCACUGGUGGGCUGCAGGCUCUCCCUGACGUGUCCCCACUUGCUGCCGCUGCUCCAUCUGAUCCCCACAGGUGGGAGGUCUGCAGAUUUGGGGUGAGGGUUAAAGUGUUAAAUCCGCCAGCUCUUGGUUAUGGAUUGAAGCAGGGGAGGGUGUGGGGGGGGAGCUGGUGGCCAUCCAGGGACACCACGACCAGCAGCCACAUCUUGCAGCAACUCCCACGGAGCCAGAGGUGGGGUGCCUGGACCAAUACCAACACCGCUUCCCACUGCAACACCUCAUCUAUCAGGAGAUGGUUUUGCCCCAAGCCCACUGGAAUAAAACCUUCAUUACCAAACCCACUGCUGAGGAGCUGUCAGGGUUAUUAAUGCUGGGCUCAGUGUCCUCUGGGGCCAUGAUUCAUCCCAAAAAAACACCCAAACAAGCAGGGGGUCACUCCCUCCCUGCGCCUGCAGAGCCAAGUGCUGUGCUGUGCUGUGCCGUGCCGUGCUGUGCUGCCUGUAGGACAGCACAAGGAAAUAAAGCAACCUGCAUCGCAUAUUCCAGUCUUUGCUCUCCCCGAGGGUCUGGAGCUGGGGAGCUGGGGGCAAUGGGAGUGUUGGGUGGGUGGUUGUCAUGGCUGGAUGCAGUGCCCAGGGCAGGACAGGGAGGUUUUGGGAUCGUAGCUUGGCUGCAGAGCCUGGGAAAGCCCUGGGAAGCAAACUCCCUGCUUCUUCCAGGAGGCAAAGGGAAAUGAAUGAAAAAUAAAAGCUCUUUGAAAUAGUUGAGAUAUGUCUAUGGGAAAACAGGGGGAUUGUCUUGGCUGCUGAACACAGCAUGGAUCAGCACAGUGAGGGCUGCUGCUGAGCCAGGACAAGGGGAACCCAGCCAAAUCCUGUCCCUUGGAAGAAUGGCAUCAGGGUCUGCUGUGUGCCCUAGUCUGUGCUGGCAUGGCAACGCCUGGCAAAGCCCCCAUUCCAGACCCCGCAGCAGGGACCAGGGCGAUUUGGGGAAUAGGUUAUGGGAUGCCAAACAAGCUCUAAUCCACCUGGUUCCCCUUGGCCCAGCACCUCGGGGCACUGCACAAUGAAUUAAUUGGUAUUAGUGAGUGAAACCUUCCCAAAAUCCAUCCGUGGGGAUGCUACGGUUGAAGCCACCUUAUCUCCCUGCCUCACUCCCACUAUCUUGGGACAGCAAGCAUCUCCUCUUUGUCAAGGGCUUGCUUUGCUGGGAAUAGGAAACAAAGAAGAGGAGGAGGAGGAAGAAGCAGGGUCUGUUUUGUUUGGCGAUGACCUUGCUAUCUCCCUCAGCAGGCAGCCGCUCCUUGGGCCAGAGGCUCUUGCUUAUCUGCUCUGCCGCAGAUUGAUUCCCUUCACUUGAGCGUUAAUUUCCACUGUAUUUUUUUAAUGAUUAUUUUUUGUGGUUUGGGGGCUGGGAAAGCUUUGGGCUCUGUCCCAUCCAGCUCUUCCCAGCUCCUCUCCUCAGUGCGGACCCCAUUCAGGCUCAACCCUCCGCCCCACAUGAGAGCACUGGGUACAGGCUCCUACCCCAAAUGCACAAGAAAUCAUUAAUAAAAUUAAUUAAUAAACUCCUUUGAUCAGAGCCUAAAGACUGUGGGAGCCAUACAGUUGAGCACUAACAGCCCUUCGUCUCCACUGCUGCUGUCUCAAUUGGUCCCACCAAGGAGAGAGGAGAAAAAACUGAAAAUCACUAGUUUCUCUUUAUCUUGUUCCUGUGUAAAAUUAUUUUAUUUGAUUUUAUAAGCAGAUAGUUUCCAGUCUCGGAGGCAACACUUGGAGACCACCCCUGGAAUUUUGCACUCCUCGCUUUGCUAGCUGCGGGAUGAGGUUUUCCUGCAUGAGAACAUUAAAAAAAAGUAAUAAAAUAUGACUGUAA